CCCAAAACACAUGUAUCUCUCUAUACUUAACUGUCUCGAUUUAGUAUUCUGGUUCGCUUUUCUGGUGACUAGAUCGUUUUUGUGGCGAAAUCUGGAUUUUCCGACAUCACUUCGUUCUACCAGUCUGCUAUUUAUCCGAACCUAAGACAAAUGGCUGGAGAAGGGAAGGUGGUUUGCGUUACAGGUGCUUCUGGGUACAUAGCUUCAUGGCUCGUUAAACUCUUGCUUGACCACGGUUACACCGUUCAUGCUACCGUCCGAUCUCUAGAUGAUCCAAAAAAGACAGAACAUUUACUUGCUCUUGAUGGAGCUAAGGAAAGACUAUCUUUGUUUGAGGCUAACUUAAGUGUAGAAGGCUCUUUUGACUCUGCAUUUAAUGGCUGCGUUUGUGUCUUUCACACAGCAUCUCCUGUAACUUUUGCUUCACUUGAUGACCCACAGAUGGAAUUGCUAGAUCCAGCAGUGAAGGGAACACUGAAUGUGCUUAAAUCAGCUGCGAAAGUUCAAUCGCUGAAGAGAGUGGUCUUCACGUCUUCACUGGCUGCAGUUAUAUAUGGUUACAAACCUCCAAGUGGUGUAGUGGAUGAAACCUGGUUUUCAGAUCCAGUCUUUUGUGAGCAGACAAAGUUGUGGUAUCAUCUUUCAAAGACUCUGGCUGAGACUGCCGCUGUGAAUUUUUCAAAAGAGAAUGGUCUGGAUUUGGUGGUCAUAAAUCCUGGCUUUGUAAUUGGUCCUAUCUUACAACCUACUCUCAACUUCACUUCUGAGGCAUUUAUGAGCUUUAUAGAAACUGGAAAGGAAGUCUUUGCAGAUGGAAUAUACAUGCUUGUUGAUGUGAGAGAUAUCGCUAUCGCGCACAUAUUAGCAUUUGAGAAAGCAGAAGCUAAUGGUAGAUAUUGCAUAGUCGGGGAUGUGGUUCGAUCAUCUGAAAUCAAGAUGAUCUUAGACAAACUCUACCCUGAUCUUGGCUUUUCUCAACGGUAUAAAGACAAGUGUGUCGAGGCGCAACUAUAUAGUAUAUCAAAGGUGAAGGCGGAAAGUCUAGGUGUUGAUUUUACUCCAUUGGAGGUAAGCCUCAGAGAUACCAUUGAAAGCCUUAAAGAGAAGAAAUUUAUGAAGCUAUAAGUUCAUAUGUUAGUGUGAAAAAAAAUUACAUGCGUGAAAAAUAAUAAUGGUUGUGUGAAAAAAACUA